GCCGCCGCUGGGUACGCAUCGCGAGCCACCAAGGCGCAUGCGCAGUCGGAGGAGUAGGCGAGGAGGAGGCGGCGGCGGCGGCGAGGCGCUCGCUGCUGGUGGGCCGGCGAAGGCGGCAGGGAGCUGGUUAAAUGCAAUUGUGUCAAUAACGAAAGAAGGGCAACCAUGAGAAUAGCAGGAGCUGCGAAAUUGGCGGUAGCGGUAGCUGUAUUUCUGCUGACAUUUUACGUCAUAUCCCAAGUAUUUGAAAUAAAAAUGGACGCCAGCCUAGGGAACCUGUUUGCAAGAUCACCACUGGAGCUACCUGCACGGCCUACAAAACCCCCGAGAUAUAAAUGUGGAACGACUAAAAUUUGUCCAGAGAACCAUUUUGCAUUCAAAAUGGCAAGCGGAGCAGCCAACGUCGUUGGGCCUAAAAUUUGCGUAGAAGAUAAUGUGUUGAUGAGUGGAGUUAAAAACAACGUUGGAAGAGGGAUUAAUAUAGCUCUGGUCAAUGGCAAAACAGGUAGCAUGGUGGAUACAAAAUUCUUUGACAUGUGGGGUGGAGAUGUCGCCCCGCUUAUUGACUUUCUGAAGACCAUUAAAGAUGGAACAAUCGUAUUAAUGGCAACCUACGAUGAUGGCGCAACUAAGCUUAACGAAGAAUCGCGGAAACUAAUAUCUGAACUAGGAAGCACAUCCAUCACGAACCUUGGCUUCAGAGACAACUGGGUCUUCUGUGGCGGGAAAGGAAUCAAGACUAAAAGCCCAUUUGAACAGCAUAUUAAGAACAACAAAGACACAAACAAGUAUGAAGGAUGGCCAGAGGUCGUGGAGAUGGAAGGCUGCAUUCCACAGAAGCUGGACUGAAGGCAUCGUUAAAUGGACAUUUACAGUGCAAAAGGACAUUGGAGGGAAAAUGCACUUUCUGCUGCUGUUGGGUAGAGAAUACUCUGUAUGGAGGAAGAAGAAUUACUAUGUAUGGGCACAUCCCAUCCAGGCUAGUAUCUCGCUCAAGGCCCAUAAAAAUGAAUGGGAGCUGAGCAAAUGAGCAUGGUGAAUCGCGCAAUUCAUUUUUAAAUGGGGCUUGUGCAGGGAUUUAUCCGGCCAGAUUGUGCCCCAUGUAAAUACUCUCCAAGCAUGUUUCCACCUUAGAAUGUGCAUGGGCGUUGACAUUUUCAAAAAU